GGAUUAAUAACAACAAAAAUAUGUCAAUUAUUAAGCGUCCGGAUUAUAUUGUGAGACAAAUGGCUUUGUAUGAUAACGACCAGGUGCUGGAUAUACUGUCCUCUUUGGGAAUUACUGUUGGCAAUCACACUAAUAUUACCAUGCUCAAAAUUGAUUCAAAUUGUCUGUUCGUAGCAGAGGAUACGGAUACUGGUCAAAUACUAGGCGUGUGCUCGGGGUUUAACAUUACCCGAGACCUGGCGUUUGUGGGCGAGUAUGCAGUUGUGCCCAAAUACCGGAAGCUGGGUAUCGGACACUCCCUAUGGAAACGGUGUUUAGAGCACUGCUCGAAGCGGAACUGCGCUAUAUUUCCGGAGCCCAAGACUAUCGCCACCUUCAAGGAGAAGUCCGGCUUUCAGGUGAUACCGGCCCGCCGUAUGAUCGCCUACUCCGGUAUACCGCAACUGUUUGCGCUCAACAAAUACAUUGACUAUUGCGACGUCGACUAUAUUACGGUCCAUAAUCUGGUGGAUGUGAUUGAGUACGACGAGCAGAUCUGCGGCAUAAAUAGGGCUCAGUUUCUGGAGAUGGCAAUCGCCGAGUCGGGCACUAUAUCACUACUGGCCCGGUAUAUCGAGAACGGCUAUAUCGCCGGUUAUGCCAUCUUCAAGACCACAAACGACAACUCCAUUAGUCCGCAGCCGUUGUACGCAAACAGCGACGACAUCGCGGAAGCCCUCACUUAUAACGGCGUUAUUAAGUUUGUCGGCUUUGAUGGCUUGUAUUUGGAGGCCUGGGAUUGCAAUGAUGGCGCCCAGUAUUUGGCCGAGAAGUUAGGCCUAUCGGUCAGACGUCGACUGCCUAUUAUGUUCACCCGAGAGGACCUGUCCGCUAAUUAUAAGAAUAUCUAUUUUAUCGGUCCCUCAGGUUUCUAUCCAUUUUAG